AUGAAAACUUUAGAGGACCAGGCUUUGGAGGACGAGUCGGGGUACCAAGAAGAUGAGGAAUCCUUUUUUCAAGACAUUGAUCUCCUACAGAAGCAUGGAAUUAACGUGGCUGACAUUAAGAAACUGAAGUCUGUGGGCAUUUGUACUGUGAAAGGCAUCCAGAUGACCACACGCCGCGCUCUCUGUAAUGUAAAGGGACUGUCUGAGGCUAAAGUCGACAAAAUAAAGGAAGCUGCUGGAAAAUUGCUGAUAUGUGGAUUUCAGACAGCAUCUGAAUACAGUGUAAAAAGGAAGCAAGUGUUCCACAUCACAACAGGCAGUUUGGAGUUUGACAAACUCCUCGGAGGUGGUGUGGAGAGUAUGGCUAUUACUGAGGCUUUUGGUGAAUUCAGAACUGGAAAGACUCAACUCUCUCAUACACUGUGUGUAACCGCUCAGCUUCCUGGUGAAUAUGGGUACACCGGAGGAAAGGUCGUCUUCAUCGAUUCUGAAAACACCUUUCGGCCUGAGAGGCUGAAGGACAUAGCUGACAGAUUCCACGUGGAUCAUGAAGCUGUACUGGAUAAUGUGCUAUAUGCACGUGCAUAUACGAGUGAGCAUCAGAUGGAACUGUUAGACUUUGUUGCAGCCAAGUUCCACGAGGAAGGAGGUGUCUUCAAGCUUCUGAUAAUAGACUCAAUCAUGGCUCUGUUCCGGGUGGACUUCUCUGGAAGAGGCGAGCUGGCUGAGAGACAGCAGAAGCUUGCACAGAUGCUCUCCAGGCUGCAGAAGAUCUCUGAAGAGUACAACGUUGCAGUGUUUGUUACCAACCAGAUGACUGCAGAUCCAGGAGCUGGAAUGACAUUUCAAGCGGAUCCCAAAAAGCCCAUCGGAGGACACAUACUGGCUCAUGCCUCCACCACACGCAUCAGCCUGAGGAAAGGACGUGCUGAAUUGAGAAUUGCCAAAAUAUUUGAUAGCCCAGACAUGCCAGAAAGUGAGGCUACUUUUGCCAUCACAGCUGGAGGAAUAACAGAUGCCAAAGACUAAAAUCUGCACAGAUUGCAUGUUACAA